CGAAGUGGAACGACUUUAUGAAACGUCGACGUCUUCAACUACUUUGCGGUUAUGCCUUGAAUAGCUUUAGCGACGCUUCUGACGUUGACGCCAUGGCCUCCAUAUGUCAAGCCCAUGCGCAUAUCAACACUGCCGAACAUUUGAAUUGGAGCGUCGAAAGGUUGCUGAGGCUGCUCUUCACAAAUCAAUACGUAUGAUUUCUGAGACCACAGAAAGUGUGUUGUCACGUGAAAAAGAUCGAUAUCAAAAUGUCCUUUCAUCUCUUCCCGUCGGUGUUUACGGAAUCACUUUUGGAGAUGAUGACGAUUUUUACAUCAAUAAGAGGUUCUCGCAACUGGUUGGCCGUUCUGAGAAUGAAAUUCGAGAACAUGGCUGGAUAGAUGUCAUUCAUCCUGACGACCGAAAAGCUGUGGAGACCAACUGGCCAUUUUGUAGCUUUCACAACACUGAAGAAUUUAAAUUUUUGGCCAAUUGCCACGAAUAUCGUCUCAUACAUAGCAAUGGCGAUAUCAUAUGGGUCAAAGCUGACACGACACCAACUACUGCUGAAGAUGGACAUAUUCUUGGAUACCUUCACACUUUAAUGGAUAUUACUGAGUUAAAGAAUACGGAACGGGGACGACUGGAAGCCAAACAAGCCGCUGAAGAACACCAGCGGCAUAGAGCUGAGGAAGCGGAACACCAUAAGGAGAGACAGGAUCAGUGGAUCGACAGCUUAUGCCAUGAGCUUCGUAACCCUCUCAAUGGAAUAUCAGGAAACGUUGAACUUUUAGAGGAUGGUAUUGAACAUCGUAGAGCAAUUCUCAGCAAGCCAACUUUAGAGGAGAGUGAUAUACAAUCACUACGGGAACAGCUGCCCCUUGAUCAAGAGUCCGUUUUAGCCGUCAAGAAUUGUGUAGCUCAACAAAAGGUUAUUACGGAUGACGUUUUAAGUGUAUCGAAGCUGGAACUUGGCAAAGUUGUUUUGAAAAAAGUCGACUUCAAUCUUGAUACAGUGUUAUCUGACAUUAUCAAAAUGUUUCAAGCGGAAGUGGCAGCCAAAGGUCUUGGUAUUGUCACAAAAUUUGAUUCCUUGCCUAGCACUAUUCGAAAUGACCCGCAGCGAUUGACGCAAGUCGUCAUCAACCUACUUGUAAACGCCAUAAAUUUUACGGAUUCAGGAAAGAUCACAGUAACGACUCGCCGUAUCCCAUCAAAUGGUAUGGAGAACAUGGUGAAAAUCAGCAUCACCGAUACUGGAGUCGGGAUGAAUCCGAAAGAAAAAGCCAAUCUAUUUCAACGGUUUACGCAACCUACCUCAAAAAAUACUUUUCACGAAUAUGGUGGCUCCGGACUUGGACUGUACAUUUCUAAAAAUCUGGUUAAGCUCAUGGGCGGCGAUUUUUCUGUCGAAAGCGAAAAAGGGAGAGGAUCAGUGUUUUCGUUUACUAUUCGUGAUGAUCACAUUGAAGAUGGUGCAUUGAAAUCACAUACCGAAAAAAUCCAGGUUUCAAAGCCACUCGAUAUAUCUUCACCAUCGAAUAAUGUGUCUUCAGCGAAUGGAUUACCUGAAUCACCCACUCAAGCAUGCGUAAACAGGCAAAUUCGUACCAUCUUGCUUGUAGAGGAUAAUAAGAUAAACCAAAACAUGAUGAAAAGACUUCUAAAAAUGAAAGGCUACGAAGUUCUGAUUGCGGACAACGGGAAGCUGGCUCUUUCCGCCUUUGAGACUAAAUCAUUCGACCUCAUUAUAAUGGACAUUCAAAUGCCUAUCAUGGACGGUAUCACCGCGACUAAAGAAAUCCGAAAGUUGGAAAAAGAAAAUGCUGCAGCACCAAUACCAAUAGUUGGGUUAUCUGGAAAUGCUAGAGAAUUUCAUGCAGUGAAUGCUCUGAAAAGUGGACUGGUAAGAAGUUUUUUCCACAUCUUUUGCUGGUCUUCGAAUGAUACUGACGUUGAUAAUAUAGAAUCGCUACAUGACAAAACCAGUGAACAAGGACGAACUAUAUGCUGUCAUCGAACAGUUUGAACAAGCAUCAAUAUGCCAGUAAUGUACAAUACCAACCAAAUAUCAGACUUAAAAAAGCACAUCUCCUGUCUUUUACACUUUUUUCAUAAUAGCUU